UGCAUGACAGGAUGCGGCAGAGGGAUCAGCAAAGCCGGCCGCAUCCCACCACCCGCACUUUCCCAUGCCUUUUGUGGGGUUUCUUCCCAGAAAUAGGGCAUUUGUGGGCUCAGCCAAAACCGACGUCCUUUGACCACUUUGUCUGCUUCGCCAUAAAAGAUCUCUUCUCCUCCGUGUCAAGGUCUUCUCUCUCUCUCUCUCUCGGGACUCCCUCGCUUGGCUCUAUUCUUGCAGGCUUAGCCGAGGGACGAGCAUCGAUGAGAUGAAAUACCGGGAUGCAUAGGAGAGGAGGUGGUGAAUCCUGAGGUAUAACAUCUCUCGUGUAUCUUAGUUUGUUGGUGAUAGGUUGGGGGGGCUUGAAUCGGGGAAUAUGCAUGCGGUGAACGCGAUGGCGGUGGCGAGGGGGAUGAUGAUGAUGAUGGCAGCGGCAGCGGCGGGGGUUGGUGGUGGGGGUAAGGGGGAAACGGUGGCGGUGCUGCAGGAGGCGGAGGACGUUCCUUUCGGGACGGUGUGGUGGUACGUCUACGCGGGAAUUUCGUGCUUGCUGGUGCUGUUCGCGGGGAUCAUGUCCGGGCUCACGCUAGGGCUUAUGUCGCUUGGUCUGGUCGAUCUCGAGAUUCUCCAGCGCAGCGGGACCCCCACUGAGAAGAAGCAGGCAGCUCAAAUUCUUCCUGUUGUUCAAAAGCAACACCGACUUCUUGUGACUUUACUUUUAUGUAAUGCUGCUGCCAUGGAGGCUCUUCCUCUAUACCUUGAUAAAAUUUUCCAUCCUUUUGUUGCUGUUGUCUUGUCUGUAACAUUCGUUCUGGCUUUUGGAGAGGUUAUUCCUCAAGCCAUAUGCACAAGAUAUGGACUAGCUGUGGGUGCUAAUUUUGUAUGGCUAGUACGUAUCUUGAUGAUCAUAUGCUACCCGAUUGCUUAUCCUAUCGGCAAGAUUCUUGAUUGUGCACUUGGACAUAGUGAAUCUGCACUUUUUAGGCGUGCUCAAUUAAAGGCUCUUGUAUCCAUCCAUAGUCAAGAGGCUGGUAAAGGUGGGGAGCUCACACAUGAUGAGACAACAAUAAUAAGUGGAGCUCUUGAUUUGACUGAAAAGACAGCUGAGGCGGCUAUGACUCCCAUUGAAUCAACAUUCUCAUUAGACGUCAAUUCAAAAUUAGACUGGGAAGCAAUUGGCAAGAUUCUCGCUAGAGGCCACAGCCGUGUUCCUGUUUAUUCGGGGAAUCCGAAAAACAUUAUUGGCCUUCUGCUGGUGAAAAGCCUUCUUGCUGUUCGUGCUGAGACAGAAACACCAGUUAGUGCUGUUUCUAUCAGAAGAAUUCCAAGGGUUCCCGGAGAUAUGCCAUUAUAUGAUAUACUAAAUGAGUUUCAGAAAGGAAGCAGUCAUAUGGCAGCUGUUGUGAAAGCUAAAGGCACAAGUAAAACCCCCUCCCCUGCCGAAGGGGAGAAAUUAGAAGCAGACAAUAAAUCUAGUGGAAAAUCUGAAUUGAUGGCUCCUCUGUUAUCUAAAGGAGCCAAAUCAGAUAGUGUUUUUGUUGACAUCGACAAAUGGCAAAAUAAACAGGCCAAUGGAGAUAAAGCAACCUUGCAACUGAAUGAUGCAGCAGCAAGUGUACUUGCUCAUUUAACCGAAGAUCAAGAUGAGGAGGUCAUUGGCAUUAUCACCCUUGAGGAUGUGUUUGAAGAACUCCUUCAAGAGGAGAUAGUGGAUGAAACAGACGAGUAUGUUGAUGUCCACAAGAGGAUACGAGUAGCUGCUGCAGCUGCUGCUUCAUCGGUUGCCCGGGCUCCAUCUCUGAGGAGGACGACUGGACAGAAGGCAGCGGGUGCACAAAAUCGGCAAGGACAACAAACUACUGGGAUCUCAAGGAAGCCUACUGAUGCUGAUUUAAACACGCCUAGGCACCAGGUGAAUCUUGCAGAACCUCUAAUGGGAAACAAGAGAUGAGGAGGAGGAUUAUUGCAUCAGCUGCUUUAAGCAUGGUUUGGAGAUUGAAGCCCAUGAUUUCCAUAUAGUUACGGAUCCCUAGAGAAUGCUGCCAUGUUGCAUCUUCAAUCCAGGCGAGGUGAGUCGGUGAAGAUGGUGGUGAUGUUUCUUUCGUUGGGCCGUUAGCAGCAAUCAUGGGUGACUUAACAGACUCUAUGUCGGUUGGGCUCCGCGACAAGCAUCCCACUCGCGACCACGAGGCCGUUUUGGCGGCCCAGAAAAAGGGUGUUUGACGUCCGGAUGGGCGUAAACAGCGAGCGUGUGACGUGUCAGCAUCGCAUGCAAGCAUCGGAGCCCCACGGAACACGACAGCGAGUUCGUUUGUAGGUUUGCUUUGCUGUCUUUCGUGGCAAUCUCCCAUUGGACGACACGCUCCUCCUCUAUUGGUCCAGCCGUUGCUGUCGCGCUUUUUAUUCUUAUUAUUUAUUAUUUUUAUAUCCUCCUUUUCUAUAAAAUCUAAUAAUAAUGAUAAUUAUUAUAGGGUGAAUUUACGAAAAAAUAUUUUACUUUUUAAAAUUUUUCAUAAAAACCUUUUUUUUUAAUAAUAAUUUUAUCUUUUCAUCGACUGCCCACUUUGCCCUGCCAUGCCCAGCCCGGCCAAUCGGCCGCCGCCUCCAUCGUCGCCAUCGUCAGAUCCCAACAGCUUGCGAUGACGGUGCUCGCCCGAAGUCGGCAGGAGGCGACCCCGUGCACGAUGAAGCGAGGCGGCUAGCCCUCGUGCGAGGGCGACGCCCUGCACGAUAGAGGGCGCCGGUCAACCCUCGCGCGAUGCGUGGUUGCCCCACUCCGCCACACAUGGGGCCUCCCCCUCCAUUGCAUCCCUCACACAAGGGUUUCAAGUGGAGGGGGGACAGUCUUGCUUGGCAAAAGGGAGUGGUCCUCCAUGGCAGAGGGGGGCUGCGAGCGAUGAUGUAUCCGUCGAAAGAAUUAAGUAACAUAGUCUUUUCAUAUGAUAGGGGGCUGUUUGGAAUAUUUAGGGGUGCUUUGUUGAAAUUUUUUUAAAGCUCUCCCUCCUUGUCGGAAGACGAGGGGAAGAAGAAGAGAUGGGCGAGCUAAUGGCGUCCCCUCGCCCCUUAUACCUACUUCUUGUCCUUGUAUUGGCCACGGCGCUUCAUCCGGCGCAACAGGUAUUUGCAGUGGAAUCAACACCUCAGCUCAGGUCCGACUCAAUGAUUCUUCAG